AUGAGGCUUGGAGCUGCUUUCAAACGACUGCUGUGCACAGUCGUGCUUUCACUUCCUAACGUCGUGCACGCGCAAACAGAGAUGUCAGAAAGUUCACCCACACCGUCACCGAGCUGCGGCGCUGCCGAGGCGAUCAUCGGGGGAACGUGUCACACCAAUCAGCCUCCUGUGCCGUCUGUGCCGGUGAUCGUCUCAGAGGUGACAGGUGACACCGUCUACCUGCGGUGCAGCUUUGAGAGCCGCCCCGGCGGCUCCCUGGGCUUCGUGACGCUCUGGUCACGCCUCUCAUCUGAGGGCAGGAAGGAGGAACUCAAACAGGAGACCACCGUCCACCCCUCCACCCUCAUCGAGCUGGAUGGCUUCAACCUCCGCCUGGGGGACAAGAUUUUUUGCUCCUGCUCCAGUUUCUUCUUGGACUCUCCAGAUGUUCGGAGCCCUUCAGUGGAGAGUCGGGAGUUCUUUGCUGGUAUUCGGCUGAAAGCCGAAGCGAGACGCGUGUCGGAGGACGGCGGACGCUUUGAGGUGGAGGUUGCGAGCACGGUUCCUGUCCCGUGUCCCGGCGGUUCUUUCUCCUCUGCAGACCGGUGCUUGUUAUCCCUGCAGCUCAGCACGAGCAGUCAAGACGAGGGUCUGUUGGGUCCAGACCUGUCUCUGUCGUCCUGUGUGCUGGAUUUGGCCCCGGGCCCCUGCAGAGACGGGGUCUGUAGUCGGGCUCUGAUCCACUUCAGCCCCGUCACAGACUCUGCCAGAGAGGGUGAAAGGACCACCAACAUCUCCGUGAAGCCCGUCGUCACGCAGAACGUUCUGUGGAAUGGAUACUCACCAGAACCUGUUCAGAUAACCGUUCAGGAUGUUCCCGCGGCCUAUUGCUACUCCUUCACUGAUCCCCACAUCCUGACCUUUGAUGGCAGGUUCUACGAAAACGAUCAGAUUGGGACUUUUGUUCUUUACCGGAGCAGCUUCAGGCGGUUUGAGGUGCACGUCCGUCAGUGGGAGUGCGGCGGCUCGGUGCACGCCACCUCCUGUGUGUGCGGCUUCGGGGCGAGGGACGGCGGCGACGUGGUCACUUUUGACAUGUGCGACGGGGAAAUGGGCGAAACCAAACCUCGGCUGCUGCUGAGGAACAGAGACUCGAGGAAGAGCGGCGUUCGAAUCACCGAGUCGUACCAGGGCCGGAAAGUCACGGUAACCUUCUCCUCGGGGGCGUUUGUUCGUGCCGAUGUGUCUGACUGGGGUAUGAGUCUGACCCUGAGGACCCCCAGUUCAGAGCGAGACCACACCGAGGGUCUGUGUGGGACCUACGAUGGGCGGCCGGACAACGACCUCCACCCAGCAGGGGGCGCUCCACUGGAGAACCUGCAGGCUUUUAUCUCUGGAUGGAGACUCCCAGCAGGCAGCAGCCUGUUUGACUCUGUCCCGCUCCACGUGAGUGCACCACAAACCCACAAGUCCUGCACCUGCCGGCUGAAUCCCCACAUGUCCUCUCCCAGAACUCAACACCAACAGACCACCUCCUCCGACUCCACCUGCUCUGACCAUGGAAUCACCAGUUUCCCCAGUUUUAUCCCCUCCCUGGACGUCACAGCUGAGUAUUUCAGUUCAGAGGAGCAGCCGAAGACAAACCGAAGACAGCAGCGCCGCUCUGCUGAAACCCCUCACACGCCAGACUUUUCCUCGAGCACCUUUAGAGACGGAUUCCAGCUCCAGCGGCGCAGAAACAGGCGACAGAUCCAUCGUUUCACAGCCACACAUCCAUCUGUGAGCCAGUCCAAGCUGGAGAACUUCUCCUACUUCUUCCCAGAGGACCACGAAGCUGCAGUUGAAGAGGACGUCCUCCCCACGUGGCCCACGCCCUCUGGGCUGACCCAGCAGCAGGCCCGGGAUCAGUGCCGGCAGUCUGUGGCCAACUCGAGCAUAGCCGUGGGCUGCCGGCCCCUCCUGCAGGAGUCCAUAAUCAGCCGAUGUGUAGAUAUGUGCGUCACUGACCUGCAGCUAAAGGAUGAGCCGUCGUGGCUAAAAGCUACGCUGCCACUGCUGGAGAACGAGUGCGAGAGGAGGCUGGCGGAGGACAGGAGGAGAGGGGAGGGACACAGGGAUGUUCAGGAUGUCCUCAGGUGUCCAGACCUGUGCAACGGGAACGGCCAGUGCUUAGAGCGGGGCUGCACCUGCUUCUCAGGGUUUGGGUCAUACGACUGCAGCGCUCAGACUGAUCAGACUCCAGAGCUCUCCCAGCUGGAGAACGUCCUGUGUGACGUCCGUCAGGAGGACUGCCUCACCGUCCAGGUCCACGGUCAGGGCUUCCACGAGUCCAACCAGCUCAAGUGUGAGUUUGUUAAAGAAAAGUCUGAUGAUGGCGAGUGGGUUCUGGACGCCCCUCGCUUUGUUCCGGCCACCUUUCUGAAUGAAGCAGCUCUGAGGUGCCGGCUCCCUCUGGAGGACAUCUGGACCCCUGCAGGAGCAGGAACCGGACCGCUGGCUCGCUGGCAGAUCAAAGUUUCCAACGACGGCUACAGCUUCAGCAACUCCAAGAUCCUGACUCUGUAUGAUGGAGCGUGUCAGACCUGCAGCCUGGACACGGACAUCACCUGCACCCUGAGGGAACGAGCCUGCAGCAUUGAUGGGAAGUGUUACAGUGAAGGCGAGUCCAGUCCCAGCACCCGCUGCCUCACGUGCCGCCCCGAUGUGUCCAAACACAAGUGGUCCCAAACUGAGAUCAACAACCCUCCGCUGUUCCAGCCGCCACCGUUCGACCUGAGCUCCUUCCAGGAAGAAGAUUUCAUCCACCAGCUCCGAGCCCAGGAUCCAGAGGGCUCAGCGGUCCAGUUCAGCCUGGUUUCAGGCCCUGAGGGGGCGUCUCUGUCUCCUGCUGGCCUGCUGACGUGGAAGGCCGCCGCGCGCCCCGCGGACGCACACACCGUUCACUUCACCCUGACUGAUGACUGCGGCGCCGAGACCACCGCCUCCGUGCAGGUGUUCGUUCGCUCCUGCGAGUGUCUGAACGGAGCUUCGUGCGUCCCGGCUGGCAGCGGGGGGUACACGUGUGUGUGUCCGGAUGGCUUCAUGGGCCGGAGGUGUGAGGUGGACGUUGAUGACUGCAAACCAAACCCCUGCAGACUCGGCCUCUGCAUCGACGCACCCAACUCGUUUUCCUGCGUCUGCCCGCCUGGAGUGACAGGACGGACCUGCAGAGAAGAUCUAGACGAGUGCCUCUCUCAGCCUUGCUUUCCCUCUGUGAGCUGCACCAACACACCGGGCUCCUUCUUCUGUGGAUCGUGUCCACGAGGACGCCGUGGUGACGGCAAAACCUGCAGCCGCGACCCGGAGUCUCCGGUUGUGGAGGUGGUGACACCGCAGGUUCUACCAAGACCCAGACCAUCAGGUCUGUCUCCGUGCAGCAGAGCGCCGUGUCAUCCGGGGGUCCGGUGCUUUGAAAGCGUCCACAUUUCAGCAGGUUUCGCCUGCGGACCCUGUCCUCCUGGUCUCCAUGGAAACGGACAAACGUGCACAAACUCUGGUCAGCGAGCAGUCAGCGCUGGAGCAAACGGUCAGAGUCGCACCCACAAGUCCAAUCCCAGCCCGGAGAGAACGUCUGCGUCCUCUUCGUCAUCUCCUUCGUACAGACCUGGCAGGAAGUUGAGACCCGAGAGCUUCAGAAGAGUUUCUCUUGAAGACAGGAAGCCGACAGAGACGCCACAGAAUCAAACAGCGCUGGCUCCUCCUGUCCACAGGGGGCAGCUGACCUCUGACCUCUCAGCUGGAGUCAGGUGGAGGUCCCCAACCCACCAAGUGACCUGCACUGACCCCCCCUGCUUCCCUGGGGUUUCCUGUGAGGCCACGGGCUCAGGCUCCUCCAGGUGUGGGCGCUGCCCGUACGGGUACACGGGGGAUGGCGUCACCUGUAAAGCUGUGUGCAGGUAUCUGUGUGGGAGGAACAUGGCGUGCACGCUGCCCAACACCUGCACCUGCAAACACGGUUACACCGGAUUCAACUGCCACAUAGCUGUGUGUCGACCCGACUGUAAGAACCAGGGGAAGUGUGUGAAGCCCGGUGUGUGUGAGUGUCCUGCAGGCUACGGCGGGCCCACCUGUGAGGAAGCGAGCUGCGAGCCGCCCUGCCAGCACGGAGGCACCUGUCUGAGCAGAAACCUCUGCACCUGCUCCUACGGAUACCUGGGGCCCAGAUGUGAAACCAUGGUGUGCAGCAGGCACUGCGAGAACGGAGGCGUGUGUGUUGCUCCUGAUGUGUGCAGAUGUGAGCCUGGCUGGUUCGGACCGACGUGCGGCUCAGCUGUCUGUGAGCCCGUGUGUCUGAACGGAGGGGCGUGUCUGAAGCCAAACGUCUGCGUCUGCCCCACCGGAUUCUUCGGAUCUCGGUGCCAAAUCGCUGUUUGCAGUCCACCCUGUAAAAACGGAGGUCAGUGCAUGAGAAACAACGUGUGCUCGUGCCCUGAAGGCCACACAGGACAAAGGUGUGAAAAGAGCGUGUGUGAGCCCACGUGCGUGAACGGAGGCAAGUGUGUGGGACCGAACACGUGCUCCUGUGCGUCCGGGUGGAGGGGGAGGACAUGUGACACACCCGUCUGUCUGCAAAAGUGUAAAAAUGGCGGUGAGUGUGUCGGACCGAACACCUGCCAGUGUCCCGUCGGCUGGGAGGGCCUUCACUGUCAAACACCGGUCUGUAAAGAGCGGUGCCUGAACGGAGGCCGCUGCGUCCUGCCGGACCACUGCUACUGCCGGAGAGGCUACACGGGCUUCACGUGUGCAGGAAAGGCGUCACGAGCAUGAGGACCAGAGGAGAGCACCAAGAUGUGGAGUGUGUUGAAGUGUGUG